AUGUCCGGUUUGUCCGCUGCACCCCGUCUAUCAACCAGAGACACUAUAUAUCUGCUUCAUCACGUCUUCCUGCCCCCCCAACUGCCACAGGAAGAUGAUUAUAACGCUACACAUGAAAGUGCUCUGCUCGAUAGCGUUAUUGAUGCCCUUGCUCUGUUUCAGGAUUUUAGUCAUGGGCAGGAGAGUGAAGUUGUUGACAGUGUCAAAGCAACGCUCACUCGUUUGAGAGCGACGCGCGAUUCUCAUGGGGACGUGAAUCACGUCGAGCUUCGAAAGGCUUUAGAAAAUUUGGACAAUGCAGGUAUGGCCAGCUAUAGCCUAGCUGAAAUCCGGAAUGUCACUGACACGUGUUGUGUAGGAGGUGCUCUACCCGUGCAUGUUCGUUGCCAGAAUGCUGCGGUUUUAAUGACCAGGCACAGCGAUUCAAUACAUGUCGAGACGUUUGAACUAUCGCCUCGGAACGAAGCCGUCAACACCACAGUGGGUCGACUACAACGCCAAUUUCCUGGGCCAACUUUUGCUUUGGAUCGAGCCAUCUUCAACGAGCCAAAUAUGCAAACUACCAUUGCGCACGCCCUCGAGAGCAUGAGCCGCCAGCCUGCCCCGGGGACCAAGCCAAAAGUGAAGAAGGCGCAGCAGGAGCACGACGAGAAUCGGGAUACAACCGAUCCGAUGCUGGUUACAGAGUUGUUCACGACAUUCCUGCGCCCACAAUGCAGAACUGUGAACAGCUUGCAGGUCUGUAAGAACACAAGGGAAGAAGUCCUGUGGCUCAACAGUCUGCAACCUUGGAGACGGUCCGCCCUCUGGCUCCAGAUUCGAGUUACGAUCCAAUUGGUAAUGCGGAGGCUCUGCCAGCGCAAAGAAAUCUCAGCUGACCUGUAUAAAGAAUUCAUGAUAUUUUACAUGAGUUCCAUUCUCCGCCGCUGUCCCAGGGACAUAAGCAGUGAGCACCGGUAUAUCAUGAGUUCCAAAAUCGUGCGCCGGUUACGAAAGGUUGAUUUGGCGGAUGAUCAUGCUUGGCUUCCGUUUGUCCAGUGUUCCCUUCAACAAGCGAAAGACGUCCUCGAAGAAAGAUGGAGCAGCAUCAUCGCCCGUAACGCCUGCCGACCUGACAUGUCUUCCUUGGCCCGACUCAACUUUAAGGAUGACACGAAUUGCUCACUGCCCAUUCUUGAUGAGUGGCUGCAGAGCAUCAGAACCCGCCAAGACGCCUCAGUGCCGCCAGAUGCCCACCCACAGUCUGGAUUUUUAGAAUUUGAGCCUGCAGAGCUCCCAUCGCUCUUCCGAUUGACGGACCCCGACUAUCACGUCUACAAUCUUGCUGCUUUCGAAGCGUGGGUUGAAUUGAAUCUUCAAUCCUGGACUGAGACACAUAUUGGCUAUGAAGACACCUGCGAACGGCUAAGCAGAUUAGUCAAUGCCUAUUAUAGUAUUGCAUCCAAAUCGUACGCCUCUAAUCCCGAGGCAUUGUCAGCCAUGCUUCUCACCAUUCUGGAGCUCUGGAUAGCUUGCGACAAAUCCGCCGUCCAUAUUCAUCCGCUGCUUCGCCAGUAUAAGACUUGUAUUCCGAUCCAUCUAUUCCAGUCUCUCCUGCUACCUCGGCAACCCCAGCUUACCAGGUUGGCACACGCGGAAAGCUACAUGCGUCAACGUCACCAGGGCGUCCAGUACAGAGAUUCCAAAAUCCUAACCGACUUUGGAACCCCUUCCUCCUUUUCCGUGCGCUACUUCAAGCAGUCCGCUGAACACCAACGUUUACUUGCCACCAUUGAACAAAGAGCGGAGUCCGAGAAGGCUGCCAAGGUCGUGGAGCUGCACCGAAAGCAUCAGCAGUACAGGGACUUAUGUGCUCGGCGUGAUGAGAUUGAAUGCACUUACUACGAUGAGAUAGUGGAUAACCGGUUCCGCUUUACAGAGCGUCGUCAUAGCCACUCGUGCCAGAGAUGCCGGCUGGACCGCGCUGCGAAAGAGAUCACAAUUGGUGUUUAUGAAUGGCCUUUGUCUUCCAAUCCCUUGGAAGCAGAAUCCACGGUCUUCGAGUUGAAACUGCCCCGACCAUUUGCAUACUGGCGUGAUCUCACUGCCUUCAUUUUGCUUGAUGUUUUGGGAAUCAUGUAUGCUUCGAAAGAAACGCCUAGAGCUGAGUACCGACUAGGCAGCUACAGUGGCCUCUCCAUGUUCUUUACCGCUGUCGUUGAUUCCCCAAGGAUUAGCCUUCUUUCCCAAGUUAAACCCCACCAAGCAACUCACAGGCGAAAGAACCACAUUAUCAAUGUAUCAGAGAGAGACGUUUGUCUUGCGAACGGUUUGCAAUUCAAAUACUUCGACAAUGCCCGCCGCUGCUUCACUCACAACCUGGUCCAAACACAUGCGAUAGCAACGGCAUGCACGUACAAGUUACCGCUAUCCAGCUCAUCUCUGCAGCCGUUUCUCUUCCGCCCAGCAGAGACACCUGACGGCCCGUCACCCAAUACGGUCAUUGCAUCGCAACAUACCUGCCCCGAGGACAUGUCACUGGGGGAGUAUAAGGCGCUCUGCUCGAUGCCAUUGGGCCUCCAUAUCCAGUGGCAGAACAUCCUUCGGCAGCUCGCUGCACCCUCCGUGGUAUUCAAUAAGGUCGAAACGUGCCUUUUUACCCUGCAGAUCAUGCACCAGGCAGGGCCGCCAUCACUCAUGAAUCCGAUCCUGCGCGAAGGCCAUCAUGUUCUGAACGAUGAUUCGUUUGCAGCGCCUUUACUGCGAGAGAUCCAGAAGACAGCGGCGGCAAUCGAACAAAACUGGCAAUCCGCAGAGGAGCUGAGUGUGUUGAUCGCUCUCACCCAGAAAGUGUUGACCUGCUCCCCAUCGGUCCACAUUCAGAACGAAUGCAUAGAGCAGCUGGAUGGCCUCCGGAAGAUUUCAUUCAACUGGGUGAUGACUAUUGGGGAGAAGGCCAGUGCUACGGGCAGCAAUGAUCACAGGAACAAUCUGAUUGCCUCCGCCGGUUAUCUCGCGUUGAUGUGCGUCGGCACGUUUGAUUGCGAGAACAGCCACUUGAAGCGAAUGCUCCGGAACGAUAUGGAUGCCUCCAUUUUAAUCCAUUGUAGUAUGAUCAUUCAUGACCGAAAAGGCCUUCUGAAUAGGGUAUCCAGCUGUUUACUGCCAAUUCUCUACUAUCGAUGGCAGAACAUAGCUUUUCGGGGACACCGCAUUCUGGCACACAACAUUGUCCAUGGCCGCACGACCGCUCUCGACCGAGCGAUCCAGCGGACUUGGGCCGCGUACCGACCGGGAUCUCCUUGGACAGCAGCCUCGAGUGGCACUCAAUGUUGCCUGCACGCCCAGAUGAAGGGUGAAUUCAGUGGUACCAGCGGCGUCGUGGUGUACGUUAACCUUCUCACGGGUCAGCUGCUCAUCAAUGGUCGUCCCCUGGCGCGGUUGCCCUCGGAGUUCGAGCGCCAUAAAACAUAUCAAUCCCUGUUUGGGCAUUCCUUGGUGGAAGUGAGGCCUAGCGAUUUUUCCGGCUUGGAAUACUCCGCCCAGAGACUGCAUAUGGGCCAGACGAUCUACCUGGGAAAACAGACCGUCCCCGAGCAGAGUGAAUUCGAUCUACGCAUUCGAGCCGUGGAUGGGAGUAGAGUCUGGGAAUUCGUAUCCCCGAGGCUUCUCGCGGCUGCUUUACCGGAUGCCUUCGUGGAGGGAUACGCCCAUUGGUACGAGACCAAUUGCGAGUAUAUCGAGUUUCGUCCUGUUAAUGACCCAUGGAAGCCAUCACCGGCCUCUCACUGGCGAUUGCAGCGCACCCGGCUGGGAAAUAGCUGGCAGCUCACUCAGGGGAAUGUUUCGUUGAUUAGUAGGGGGAGCGAGACAGCGAGAGUCUUGUUUGAUGUCUUUCAACCCAUCGAAAAGGCCUCCAAGCUGCACUGCAAACUCCACCACGAAUCUGACAUGCUCGAGAUCGAGAUUCCCCGCCUGCGGCUGGGCUUUAAUCUGCGAUCGGGUCAACCGUCAAUUGAGUCUCGCCAGUACCGCGGAAUGGUCGUCGAUCCUGAUCAGUCGGUGGGCACUCUGAUCGGCCUGCGGAACAAGCUCGUUUUGCUGGACCGAAAAACUCAUCAUCGGAGGGUUUUGAUCCCGGAAGGUCAGAUAAAAUGGGAGCAAGACGGUGGCCACGUCACCGUCAAGGUUGGUUGGCAGGCAGCAACCAGCGUGCAUGUGUAUCUCGUGAACGGUGACAUCGGCUGCUUGACGGACAAUGGGACUCUGCAGAGUAAACUGGUACUGUGCUAUCUGCAUGCAGUCACGUCAUUCUGCAUCCCUGACCCCUUGACCAAGCACACAGGGACCGAACAGUCUCUGUCUAUCCUUCGCUCAGCAUCGAUGCGGUCUUUUAAUCAACUACAGCCGGACAAUAUCUCGAUUCUAGAAAAGCUUGCGCAUCUCACACCCCAGAGGAGAUAUUACCCUGCCAACGAGCGUGUAAUGCAGACUGUUCAAUGGGAUCCCUUCCUAGGUUGUUUGGCUCAACAUAACGAAUUCCACAGCCAGGUAGCUGCGAUAUUUGGUCAACACCAUCGGAUGAGAAUAUUCAAUGCGGCUUCACCGGGGACGGAGCCAUCGCUACCUGCAUUGAAUGCAGACCUCCUGCAGCGGGAUCGCAUUCGCUCCUCAAUCUUCCGGAUCUCUGGUUUCGGCGCUGAGGACCACACGAAUGCGGAGGACCGUCUGUAUGAAGAACUGGGCCGGAAAUACCAGUCAGAACGCUGUUCCCGCGUAUUCACUCUCUGCAGAAUUCUCUACGAAGAUAUUCCCUCUGCCGAGGACGACACGCUUGACUCCUUGGCUGCACGUCUUUGGAGGUUUAUUACGCAGUCCAGCACAGUGCACGGAGUCAGUUCUUCGAUCGACGCAACGCGGAUCAAGUACGAUGCGAUGUGGCUCACGGAGACCGGCGAGUUUGUUUCCCGUCAGUGGUGCAGUAUCCAUCGGCUUCUCUGCUCGGAGACGGGUCGCCCAAACAGGUAUGCGGUAAUGCUGUGGUUGUCGACGUUGGCAUUCUCCAGGAAGAUAGACAUGAUUGUCUUGCACGUUCUUGCUGCGUUGUACAUUGUACCCGGUAUGGCCUCGAUGACCUUACCAGCACAGGGUUUCUACCGGCCACAAGAAGGUUUCGAAUUGAACAUCGCCGAAUUGAAGACUCGGAUCCAUUCAGCAAGCCGGAGCGUGACUCCCGAAGAUGGCCUCUCUCCCAGACCAGCGGAAUCGUAUAGCACAUUUCAUGCGCGCGUGGCGAAGCUGAGAAAGACCAGGCGGAAACAGGCACUCAGUCAUUUCAUAACCGGCCUAGAGAGACAGUGGCCGACCCGAUGUCCCUCACAUCCCCUAUCUGAUGAACAGCCGCCAUUUGCAGAUUAUUUUGACACACAAAAAGCGAUGAAAGUGUCAAAGGCAGCAAUGUCAACUUGGUUCGAUAACCGAGAGCUGAGGCAGUACCUUGAUAGGAUUGCAGCCGUUUACACCGCCCAAAACAUCCAACGCAUCACAAUCCCACCAUGUCUCUGCCGGUGCUGGGAACGCCCCCCAGACCGACGGCGUGCUUUCAUCUCCGUGGAUGACAUAGUGGACGGGUCUCUUGGUCCACCACCGGCGGUGGAAAUGGAACCGCCCUCUCUACCACCUUGGUUGGGCAGUGGCACUACUCCUGACCAAAAUCUACAUCUCUCAAGCUUGGUCGAUGCCCUAGGAUCACAAGCGCGAUCUCAAUUCCAAAAGCAGUAUAUUGAGAGACUGCGGGCCAGUAUGGCAUCCCUGCAGGGUAUCCAGCAUAUGGAUCACCGCUUGCCCGAUGACGACGUCCUUGAGACCGUCAUAUCCGAUCAUUUCCAUCGCUGUCAAGAGCACCAUGAGAAGAUCAGCCGUGCAAUCAUGUCGAGGAUGAUGCUUUCCGAUACGAUGACAGGAGAGAUCCAUCCCGGAUCACACACGAAGCGCAACAUCCUGGGAACAUUUGCCAAUAUCCACGUCUGGCCGAGGGUAUCAUCAUCACAGCUUCUUCUCCAUCAGCUAACACGCAAACGCUGGAAUCACCUGCCUGAGCCCUGGAAGGAAUGCUUGGUCGCGUAUGGAUGUUCCAUCACGGCCCUCCAGCGGGCGAAGAGGCUCGUCAACGUGAUGGGUCAUCGCAUGGAUCUAGCCCGCGAACUGCAGAACCCCGGUCACACGAACUGGAACCCAAUGGAUUUCCCCGAGUCAUUGCUGCUGGAGAUCGAGAGUGGGGUGUUGAUCCGGGACGUCCAGGAACAGAUCGCGCGACGCAUGCGAAAUGCGCAGCCCGGACAGAAUGUCGUCAUGCAACUGAAUAUGGGCGAGGGCAAGUCUUCCAUCAUCAUCCCCAUCGUGGCAGCCGCUCUCGCAGACCGUUCAUGCCUAGUUCGCAUCAUUGUCCCUAAGCCCCAGUCGCGGCAGAUGUUUCAGAUGCUCGUUUCAAAGUUGGGGGGCCUUUUAGGGCGGCGGGUGUAUCAUCUCCCCGUGUCACGCUCGUUGCGGAUCGGGGAACCGGAGGCGGAAGAGAUCAAAUGGAUGUGCCACGACUGCAUGGCGGAGGGCGGAGUGCUCCUCGUUCAGCCCGAGCACCUCUUAUCCCUGAAGCUGAUGUGUCUCGAGUGCUUCAUCACAGGGAAAGAGGCGGUUGGUGUAUGUCUUCUGAGAAUCCUGGAUUUCUUCAGGACCUCCUCGCGAGACGUGGUGGAUGAAAGCGAUGAGAACUUCAGUGUGAAGUUCGAGCUGAUCUACACGAUGGGGACCCAGCGUCCGUUGGAGCUUAGUCCCCAGAGGUGGACUUUAAUCCAAGAGAUGCUCGGCCUGGUGAGGCAGUAUGCUCACGCUAUCAAGAUGCAGUUCCCGCGGUCUAUUGAGGUGGAGGAGCCGCAUCCAGGCAGUUUCCCCAGGAUACGCUUGCUCCGAGCGGAUGCCAUACAUCAGCUGUUUGAACGAAUUGCGGAUCAUAUCUUCCACAACGGCAUUGACAAACUGCCGAUCUCAAGGCAGCCAGAAGCACAACGACGCGCGGCUAUCGCUUAUUGCCUUAACCCUGACCCGUCAAAACCGGAGAUUGCUGCAGUGGAAAACCCAGAUGCGUCUGGCUUAGGGGCCGGCAGCACGAGGGAUCCUCUCCUACUACUCCGGGGUCUGCUGGCUGGCAACGUUCUGGCAUUCUGCCUGGGACAAAGACGCUGGAGAGUCAACUACGGACUUGAUCGCUCCCGGCAACCCCCUACAAGGCUGGCGGUUCCGUAUCGUGCCAAGGAUAAUCCGGCACCACGGGCGGAAUUCAGUCACCCCGAUGCUGUCAUUGUGCUGACGUGCCUGAGCUAUUACUAUGAGGGACUCGGCGACGAGGACCUGUUUCGAGCAUUCGACCAUCUGGUCGGCUCGGAUCAAGCUGGCGCGGAGUAUCAGAUAUGGGUCGAUGAUGCCCCGACUCUCCCCCCGGCUUAUCGUCAAUUAGUGGGCGUCAAUCUCCAGGACCGGCUCCAUUGCAUGGAAUGCAUUUUCCCCUGUCUUCGGUUCGCGAAGGGAGCCAUCGAUUACUUCCUGGCUCAUAUGAUUUUCGCCAAAGGCCUAAGAGAGUUUCCGAGUAAAUUAUCUUCUUCUGGAUGGGAUAUCGGUGAGGUCAAGUGCCAUCCCACCGUCGGCUUUAGCGGGACCAACGAUUCCCGGGUUACCCUUCCACUCAGUGUGGAGCAGCUGGAUCUACCUGACCAGAACCACACCAAUGCGUUAGUUCUCGAAUAUCUCCUUCGACCAGAGACUGGCAUUGCCCUGAUUCCGACCCGAGAUGACCUGUCCAAGUCCGAUGCGCAGGUCCUUCUAGAUAUGGUGGCGGAACUGAGUUCACCCGUACGCGUGAUUCUGGACGUGGGAGCUCGGAUAUUAGAGUUGAGUAACCUGGAUGUUGCGAAGACCUGGUUAAAGAUGGUCCGCGAUGAUGGUCGAACGCAGGCUGUGGUCUUUAUCAACGACGACGACGAUAUUGCUGUGGUAGAUCGGACCGGACUCGUCGAACUGCUGCAGACAUCACCUUUCCAACGACACCUCGAUCAAUGCCUUGUGUUCCUUGACGAAGCACACACGAGAGGGAUUGAUCUGCAGCUACCCCUGAAUUACCGGGCGGCGGUGACGCUGGGACCGAAUAUCACGAAAGACAAGCUGGUUCAAGCCUGCAUGAGGAUGAGGAAGUUAGGCAAAGGACAAUCAGUCGUUUUUUGCAUACCGGAAGAGAUCAAGUUCAAGAUUCUGACUCUCUGUGGGAGGACCCACGAAUCUGAUCUUACCGUAGCAGACGUGCUCCGCUGGGCAAUCUCGGAAACCUGGGACGAUAUGCAACGCAGCAUACCUUUGUGGGCCGUGCAGGGAAAGCGAUAUCAGGCCCAGGCCCGUCAGUGGCGGGUGUUGCGACAGGACGGGCAAACCUCGAUAUCAACAUCUCAGGCAGAGGAUUUUCUGGAACCGGAAUCCCAGUCGCUUGAACAGCGGUAUAGUCCCGGUGGUAAUCAUGGCCUUUCUCUUUCCUCCCAAUGCCCGGACGAUGCGGACGCGCGGCGCAUACUGGACCGAUGCCGGGAGUUUGCAACUGUGAAGCUCUCGGCAGCGCAACUCCAGGAAGAGCAGGAGCGAGAGCUAGCCCCAGAGAUUGAGCAGGAACGACAAGCUCAACGUCCGGCUCCUGCCGAACCGGAACCGCAUUCUGUGCAUCCUGAUAUACUCUCGUUCGUGACCACUGGAUACCUGGAUGCAUCAUCCGACGCCGUGAAACCAGCGUUUAUGGUGUUGAAAGAUACAUCGGCGGCGAGAUACCUGGAUGUGGCCCAGUUCCCAUCGGAGCUCCUUGUCACCGUUGAUUUUGCGAGAACAGUCCGACUGCCUAGAUUAUCUGCCCGGGAUAGUUAUCAGCGUGCGGUGGAAUGGGUCCUGAUGAGCACCGGCCAUCCCUCCGAGGACGGAACGCCCGUAGGGCACAUGGUGAUCAUCAGCCCGUAUGAAGCGGACAAGCUUCAUGCUGACAUUCGCGGCUCUAGCGCAGUAACGCUGCAUGUAUACGCACCUCGGCAGAACCAGAGUUCGUAUCCUAUCGAUAAGCUCGAUCUGUACACGAUAUCGAAAAAUUUAAGCACAAGGCCCCUGCGAGUCCCUGAGAGCCUACGCAUUCAACUGAACCUCUUUGCGGGCCAGCUCUAUAUUUCGUCGUACAACGAGUAUUGUGAGAUAUGCCGCUUUCUAGGAGUUGCAUUUACUGCCGCACCAGAGGGCUUGGUUGUCGCCGCGGAUGGGUUCAUCGUGGAGAAUCAACAGGCAGGAGCCAAAUUCACCCAAAGCCCCCUCAGGUUUCUCAAGGUGUUCUUGUCACAGAUACGGAAGGACGGGCAGGAAAUUGACAAGACCCACCUUGGGAAGAUCCUAGACGGAAAACUGUUACUCAUGGCGGACUUCCAAGAUUUCAAUGGAAGAGCUCGGACCAUGCAGCUGAGCCUUCGAAAUGCCCGAUGA